UAUCCGCCGGGACAGCGCGGAAAGCCCUUUAAAUGCGGCGACAUGGGUAUUUCAAGGUUACCGCCCGCAGCGUUUACCUUGAAACAGUUUCUACAGCGACAGAGGGUUUUGGCAAUUUACAGAAAUAUGCUGAAGACAAUACGACAAGUACCAGGCGAGGCAGACAGGAAGUACCUCACGGACUGGGCGAGGGAGGAGUUCAAGAGGAAUAAGAAGGCUACAGACCAGGAUGCCAUCCGCAUGAUGAUCACACAAGCUAACAACCACCUGGAGGAGCUGCAGAAAUCUCUCGCUUUGGCCAAGAGUUAGAGACUCGGAGACUGGUCUUGGACGGUGUGGAUCUCGGUCUUCAUCUCCUCCUUGGUGGCCUCCAGCUGGUUCUCCAGUUUGCUGAUGAGGGGCUCGCAGCGGCAGCCAUUCAGAGGGGCCUGGGACGCCGACGGGAGCAACAGAAGACAUCAGAUCACGUUCAAGUAAAACUUAACACUUAGCGCUACAAUCCUGAAGACUGCUGUUGUGAUGAACUCGCUGACGGCUAUGGUGAAACUUGUAACUGCACUGACGUUUGACCACUCAAAAUGCUAGCGAUGCGUUCAAAAUGAAACCAAGUCACCAAGUCAGCCCCAUCUGAGUAAAGAUGGCAUAAAAUAAAGUGUAAAAAAGGUAUGAAGAUUGCAAAAAAUAAUUUAACAGCAUUGGUUUUUAUAUCAGCCAAAACAUUAAAACUAAUAUUGUGUAGGACCUCCUCAUGCUGCCAAAACGGCUCUGACCCAUCGAGGCAUGGACUCCACAAGACCUCUGAAGGCGUCCUCUGGUAUCUGGCACCAAGACGUGAGCAGCAGAUCCUUUAAGUCCUGUAAGUUGCGAGGUGGGGCCUCCAUGUAGCGGACGUGUUUUUCCAGCACAUCCCACAGAUGCUUGAUCAGGUUGAGAUCUGGGGAAUUUGAAGGCCAAGGCAACACCUUGAACUGUCAUGUUCCUCAAACCCUUCCUGAACAAUGUGUGCAGUGUGGCGGGGGGGGCAUUAUCCCGCUGAAGGAGGCCACUGCCAUCAGGGAAUACCGUUGCCAUGAAGGAGUGUACCCGGUCUGCAACGAUGUUUAGGUAGGUAGCACGUGUCAAAGUAACAUCCACAUGAAUGCCAGGACCCAAGGUUUCCCAGCAGAACAUUGCUCAGAGCAUCACACUGCCUCCACCAACUUGCCUUCUUCCCAUAGUGCAUCAUGGUGCCAUUUCUUCCCCAGGUAAACAAGGCACACGCACCCGGCCAUCCACAUGAUGUAAAAGAAAACGUGAUUCAUCAGACCAGGCCACCUUUUUCCUUUGCUCCAUGGUCCAGUUUUGAUGCUCACAUGCUCCACUGUAGGUGCUUUCAGCGGUGAACAGGGGCACUCUGACUGGUCUGUGGCUAUACAGCUCCAUACACAGCAAGCUGUGAUGCACUGUGUGUUCUGACACCUGUCCAUCAUAGCCAGCAUUAACUUUUUUCAGACAAUUUGAGCUACAGUAGCUCUUCUGUGGGAUCAGAGCAAACGGGCUAGCUUUCGCUCCCCAUGUGCAUCAAUGAGCCUUGGGCGCCCAUAACGCUGUCGCCGGUUGACUGGUUGUCCUUCCUCGAACCACUUUUGGUAGGUAAUGACCACUGCAUACCAGGAACACCCCACAAGACCUGCCGUUUUGGAGAUGUUCCAACUCAGUCGUCUAGCCAUCACAAUUUGGCCCCUGUCAAAGUUGCUCAGAUCCUCACGCUUGCCCAUUUUUCCUGCUUCCAACACAUAAACUUCAAGAACUGACUGUUCACUUGCCGCCUAACAUAUCCCACCCCUUGACAGGUGGCACUGUAACAAGAUAAUCAGUGUUAUUCACUUACCUGUCAGUGGUUUUAA